AACCCAUCCAUCGCUUGAUUAUCUCUAAUAUUAAGUCAUUUUAGGAUUUAAUUAGACAUCGAUUCCGUUGUCAUUAUUAAGAUAUCUUGUAAUUAGUGAUCAAAUGGACGCCACAAUCAUUUGCACCGCUCGUGACAUUGUGGUCAAUGGCAUCAAUGCCGAUUCUGAGUUUGUGAAUACGAGAAAUGAAGUUCAAAUACAUCUCAUGUUUUGUGACUCAAUACAUAUCACUUCCAAAAGUCUUCAGUCGAAAGAUAUCAGAUUUAAGGUAUCGUUGGAUGAGUUGAACCAAAGAGAUUGCCAUCAACUCAGUGAUGACACCAAUGAAGAGAAUAAAUGCAAUGCCAUCGAGAUAUCAGUGAUGAAUGACAAUGAGUCACAUUUCGGACCUCAAGAGCCCAAUGGACGGCUCUAUUCGGCCAAAGAAUACAUACUCUUUCGGACUAAAGUCACAGAAAUGGAUGCAAUGGCGUUUACAAUUGACUUGUAUUCUUCUGGAAGUGAUUCAGAUGAGGACAUAAAGCGAAUCGCUUUUUGCAAUAUAUUUGCCUCACAUUUGAAAGACACGAAUGGAUUCAUUUCGAUGCCAUUUAACGCAGAAAACGGCAAAAUUGUGGCUCAACUCAAAAUGGAGUAUCUCAUAUUGAAUCCAAUGAAAGGAACGCUAGAUUUGAACGGAAAGACCUCCGAUGAGAGUUGGCUUAAACAGGGAAAGGGUGUUCGCUAUGAUGUGGGCCAUCGGGGCGCUGGUAUCGCCCGCAGAACCGACAGAAUCGAGAAUAUUCUGGAGAAUACGAUCGCGUCAUUCAAUUUUGCGAGUCUUCACGGGGCUGAUAUGGUGGAACUGGACGUCCAACUCUCAAAAGACAAAGUACCCAUUGUUUAUCAUGACUUUAAUGUCAACAUAAUCAUGAAAAAUAAAAAAUCGAAAUCAAAUUCCGGAGAGCCUUCGACCGAAGUCCACACGAUGGCCAUCAAAGAUCUCACUUUCAAACAACUCCAGAGUUUGCAGCUGAGUCCUGUUAUUAAAGAAGAUGAAACCGAAGACAACCUUCCGUUCGCUAGUCUCCAAAAAGUCUUGGAAUUAGUGGAUCCCAAGUGUGGACUCAAUGUUGAAAUUAAAUAUCCGCAACAGAAGAUUUGUGGUCAAUGGGAGGCUGAGAAGACUUUGGAUCUGAACGAAUACGUGGACAUAAUAGUGUCGACUGUGUUCGCCAACGCUGGCCAUCGCAAUAUUGUCUUCUCGUGCUUUCAUCCGGAUAUCUGUUCCUUGCUCAAAUAUAAGCAAGACCGAUACCCAGUGCUGUUCCUAACGCAAGGACUCACGAAGAAGUGGCAGCAAUACAAAGACCGUCGCAAUGCCUCCAUUGAAAUGGCCGUCUAUUUCGCACAGAGCCAGGGGUUGGAAGGGAUUAACGCACACGCGGAGGAUAUAAUCCUAGACAGAACUCUCAUCCGGUUCGUCAAAUCCAAACAAUUGAUUCUCUUCUGUUGGGGCGAAGACCUCAACAAAACGGAACUCAUAUCUGAACUCAAAGAGGAAGGCGUCGAUGGAGUGGUUUAUGACCAGUGA